GACUUGACACAUGUCCACCUUUUUCUUCCUCCCUUCCUCCCUCCACACCUCCACAGGCCUCCUCCCCUCCUCUCUCUCUCUCUCUCUCUCUACAACUAUCCACCUACAACAAGUUUGACAGCGCAGCUUUUUCAGCGCUCACGGUCCUCAGCAGCACCUCCACCACCACCUCCUCCACCAGCAGCAGCGGCAGCAGCAGCAGCGGACGGCUCGCUCCCUCCCUCUCCCUCUCCUCUCCGGGUUUACUUUUUUCCUCUCCUCACCUCCACAGUUUUUUUUUUUUCCUUGGUUGGUGUUGCGUUUCCUGCUGGCUAUGAGGAAUUUCAUGUGUCCGUAGGUUUUUGCUCACUCCCCUCCUCUCUGCUGUCGUUUUAGUUUUUAGUUGUUUUUAGUUGUUUUUAUUUUUAUUUAUUUUUUUUUUUUUUCCGUUGGGCGUCGCGAGGGAUACACCGUUAAACAUGUCGAGGAGCGCGGACGAGGUGUACAAGCUAACAGAAAGUACAUACAAGAGCGUAAUGGAACAGUUCAACCCAGGACUGAGGAAUCUGGUCAACCUGGGCAAGAACUACGAAAAAUCUGCGGCUGCAAUGACCUUGGCGGGAAAGUUAUAUUUUGAUGCAAUGUCUAAGAUUGGGGAGAGUGCUGCAGUGUCUCCCGUCUCCAGAGAAUUAGGUGUAGUGCUGAUGGAAAUCUCCGAGGUCCACAGGAAGGUUCAUCUUGAGCUGGAAGAAAAUUUUAAAAGGUUCCACAGGGAGAUAAUAGCCGAGCUGGAGAGAAAGACCGACAUGGAUGUCAAAUACAUGACAGCCACGUUUAAGAGGUACCAGAUGGAGCACAAGAUGAAGCAGGAUUCUCUGGAGAAGUCUCAGGCAGACCUGAAGAAGCUGAGGAGAAAGAGCCAAGGCAAGAACGCCAACAAGUAUGAGAACAAAGAAAGCGAGUGCCUGGAAACGUUGACGAGCCGUCAGAUGGACAUGCAGUUGUUCAUCGCAGACGGCUGUAAAGAGGCUCUGCUGGAGGAGAAGAGACGCUUCUGUUUCCUGGUGGACAAACACUGCAUGUUCUCUUACCAGUUCGCUUCCUUUCACGACAAGGCCAAAGACAUUCUAACAGCAAAGCUGGGCAGCUGGCAGGACCAGUGCAACGAUGCCACCGACAUGCCUGAGAGUGUCCUUACUAUGAUCGAGGGACUGCGCACGGCUGUCCCCAUCACACCUCUGCCCUCUCCCUCACCAUCACGGCACAGUGUGAACAUGUCUGCUCCCCCGGCCCCGCCUCAGACCCAGGCUCAGACCAGUCCCCUGGCUAACAUGUUCACUCCGGAGAACAACACUUCCAGUGUAACCAGCAACAGCACAGACCACGGGAACAGUGAGGAGAACAAUCUUGCCAGGUCUGUGUCUGUCGCCACGGGCCUCAACAACAUAGUUAAGCGGCCACGUGUGCGCACCAUCUUCCCUCACACUGCCGGUAAUAACAGCACACUGCUCAGCUUUGACGAGGGAGACGUUAUCCUCCUGCUCAUCCCUGAUGAGAGAGAUGGGUGGAUGUAUGGUGAACUGGAGAAAAACGGAAAGAGGGGCUGGUUCCCUUCAUCUUACUGCCGUGCACUCUCCGAACCUCUCGUGAAUAACAACAGUGUGUCUGCUGCCCCGUACCGCAGCAGAAGCGUGGUAAACCUCCACCAUCAGGACACGGAGACAGACGAGGCGACGAUGGUGCUCCCCCCAGCGGACUACUGCGACAGCCCCCAGCGCAACACCAUCAAGAACAACACCCCGUCCAUCAACAACGUCACCACAAACAAUAACCAGCAGCACUCCCCCACGCCCUCUGCUGUCUCCUCCUCCUCCUCUGAUCACAACACGACGGUCCAACCUAAUGGCGUCUCAAGACCUUCGCCUGCGUACCUCGCGGGAGGAAACCCAUUCGCCACAGUCAGGCUACGUCCCACCGUCACCAACGACCGCUCUGCACCGGUCAUCUGAUCCGUCCACAUUUUCACACACCCUCAAUUCCCACAAACCCUCCUGUGUCAUCUGUCUGAGGACGUGCAGCAGCUCCUGGUCUGGAUGGAACCAGACUGAACUUGGCCGGUACUGAGGAAAAAAAAUGCCAUUUGAAUCUGGGAUCUCCUUACUGCUGCAAACUCUUACAAAGUAUUUUGGGACCAUUUUAU